AUGUCAGUUGCAACAGCCACAACUACAACUACUACAACAAACUCUGCAAUACAUCAAUUCAAUCAUAUAUCUCUUGGUGGUAGAAUUGGUGGUACAAGAGGUGUAUUAAAGAUAAACGUAUCUGGUUUGGCAUGGAAAUCGGAAGCAGGUAGAAGUGAAACAGUUACCUCUGAAGACAUUCAAAAUGCAAGUUGGAUUAGAGUAACUCCAAAGUUGUAUCAACUCAAUCUUGCUGUUAAAGGUGGUACUCAAGUUAAAUUCGAUGGAUUCAGAGAACAGGAUUAUGAUUUCUUAAAGAAAUUCAUUUCAGAGAAUUACAAGAUUGAAUUGGCAGUUAAAGAGCUCUCGACUAAAGGAUCGAAUUUUGGAAUUGCAAAAGUUACCAGUUCGAUGGUAUCAUUCCAAAUCGAUAAGAAGACAGCAUUCGAAUUCCCAAUCUCUGAUGUCAGUCAAUCGAUCAUCAAUGCGAACAACAAGAACGAGUUGACCAUCGAGUUUCUUCAUGAUUCCACUCUGGACGAAGUCGACGAAUCGAUUGUGGAGCUUCGUUUCUUUGCACCGACUCGUCAGACCAAGGAGGGAGACGAACACGAAGAGACAGACGAUCCCAUUCAGGACUUCCAAGACACUCUACUGCGUAAAUCGGACAUCUCCAACGUCGGAAAGAGCAUUGUUGUGCUCAACGACAUUCACUUCCUCACACCGAGAGGUCGUUUCGAUAUCGAGAUGUAUCCAACAUUCCUGCGUCUUCACGGUAAGACUCACGACUACAAGGUGUCGUACGACACCAUCUCCAAGCUCUUCCAGCUACCAAGACAAGACCAGAGUCACAUGUUCUUUGUCAUCUCACUCGAUCCACCCGUUCGUCAAGGUAAAACCAAAUACAAUCAUCUCGUCAUUCAACUCUCCAAAGACACUCAACUAUCAAAAGAAAAUAACAAUGUCUUGCAUCUCAAUUUAUCACCCGAGGCAGAAGAGAAAUAUAAAGAAAAACUAUCACCAACUAUGGAGGGUACAUUGUAUGUUAUUGUUCGUAGAAUUCUAACAUCGUUGACUGAGAACAAGAUCAUUGUACCAGGAAACUUCCAAUCAUGUAAUCAAUCAAACUCUAUUAAAUGCUCACUGAAAGCGAACGAGGGAUAUCUUUACCCAUUGGACAGAUCGUUCUUUUUCAUUCACAAACCACCAACUCUUAUUAAAUACACUGAUAUCCAGAUUGUCGAAUUCUCUCGUGCUCCGGUUGCCUUUGGUUCGAGAAAUACAUCAAACAGUCGUACUUUCGAUUUGAACAUCACAUUGAAAGAUUCAACUACCAUUCAAUUUACAAAUAUAUUAAAGGAAGAAUACAGUUUAUUGUUUAACUUUAUUCAAAACAAGCAAAUUAAGAUCGCUACACCAGAACAGAAUGUUUCAAAUAUGCGUAUGAUGGAUGCUCAGGAUGAUGAUUCUGACGAUGAAGAUUAUGAACCAUCUUCAGAGGAUGAAUCAUCUGAUGAAGAGGAAGAAGAGGAAUCUGAAGCAGAGAAGAAAUCAAAGAAGAAACAAAAGAAGGAAUAA